AGAAUGAGAACCCUUUACCAGUCUUCACAAUCUCUUUUAAACCCUACCCCAAUUAUAAACCCUAAAUAUUUUCUCCCUAAAAUUCCAACUUCAAACACGCUAAACAUCCCUGAAAAAAACGCUUUCAAUGGAUAAGCUCGAAAAGGCUCCAAAAGAGGUUCUGGUCGACAUUGUGAAAUUGGCACAAAAGCGAGAAAUGAAAGGUAGUAAUGGAGGUUGGAAGGAGUUCUUGGCUGUUUACGACAAGAAGAUUGGGGUCAGCUUGAGUGAUCCAGCAAGGAGGUCCACUGAAGCAUUGAUUGCUUUCUUGAAUACAUUCAGUGAUAUUGAUGAUUUGAAGUUUUUUGAUAAAGUGGCUGAGAAACAUUACAGCUUGGAACAUAUCGAAAAGAAAACAGAUAAAUUAUCCCCUGAACAGGAGCUUGUCUACAAGACUAUUGGUCAUCCACAAUAUGCACAAAGUUAUUCAUUUCCAUCAUAUGAGGAGGGGUGGAUAAUCACAAAGGAGAGAAAAAAGGCUAAAGCAAAUCGAUCAAAUGCAAUGAUUGCAAUUGAUUGUGAGAUGGUGUUAUGUGAAGAUGGAAGUGAUGCUUUGGUUAGGGUUUGUGUUGUGGAUCGUGAUUUAAAGGUCAAACUUGAUGAACUUGUUAAGCCUGAAAAAGCAGUUGCUGAUUAUAGAACUAAUAUAACUGGAGUUUCUGCCAAAGAUUUGGAACAAGUUACUUGUUCAUUACAAGAUGUACAGGAUUCUAUGAAGAAGUUGCUAUCAAGAGGAACGAUUUUGAUUGGGCAUAGUUUGAAUAAUGAUCUACAAGCAUUGAAGAUAGAUCACACAAGAGUAAUCGACACCUCUCUUGUCUUCAAAUAUUGGAGUGGCUCCAAUUUCAGGAGACCAUCUUUGAAUGAUUUGUGUAAGGCAAUUUUGGGAUAUGAACUUCGAAAAGAAGGUGAACCACAUGAUUGUUUGGAGGAUGCACGUGCAGCAAUGAAACUUGUAAUUGCCAAAAUAGAAACUGGAGUUGAUAAAAAUAUACCCUUGAAUCAAACUAACGUGGUUGAAGGUUCAGAUGCAAUGAAGUUACUUUGUCACCGCAUACCAGUCGCCAUUCCUGGAGAAAAAUUACUUGAAAUUAUUCCUGGAGACUUCACAAUUGAAGUGAAGGAAAAUAAGAAAGGCAAAGGAGACAAGUAUUCAGCUUUAGCAGUUUUUAAGAAUAAACAGGAGGCAGAUAAGGUGUACGAGGGUCUUAAGGGUGAUGAAAUUAAAGAUUCAUCUGGGCGUCCACAGAAGUUGAUUUUAUUUAAACUGGAAUCAGGUCUAGGUGGCAGUUUGUAUGUGAGGAAGAUGGUCCAACCUGGCGGUAGUAAUGUCCAGGUGGCAGCAUCGAAUAAACGGGGAGCCGAAGAAGAGGUGCCAGCUCAGCAUCACAAGAAGCUAAAGACAGAAGAUGAGACGAUGGAAUUAAAACCACAAACAGUUGUAUGUGAACAUUGUGAUGGUUACUUGAAAGAGAUUGAAAGCUUGAAGAAAAAAUUAAGUGAAAGAGAUCAAGAAAUAUCAACUUUACACAAGAUUAUUGUUUCUCAAGCAAGAAAACAAUCCGGAAUUUGACUGACUUUGACUUGGUUACAUAUGAAUUUUGUUUUCGCGUUUUGAAAUUUUGGGUCAAAUGUGGUUCAAAUUUACUAUUUAUUAUAACAAUUGUAUUUUCAGAUUAUUUCUUAUCUAUCAUGUUAUACCAUA